ACUUUUGAUGCAAAUUGUUGUGCACAAUCUAGUUUCUAUCUAAUGUAAUCUAAAUAAAAAAUAUCAUUUUUUACAUUGGUUAUUUUAAGUACGUUAAAGUGAUAAAAUAGAACUUUACUUUUAUUUUAUUCUGUCAUGAAAUUUAAUGAUUGCGCAAUGUGUGGUGGCAUUCAUGAAUGUCAAUAUUUAGUGAUUUUUAAAUUACAAUUUAAAGGAGUGGUGACAAUGUGUAUGUGAAAUCGCUGUUGGGUGUACCGCUUCGCCAUUUUAUCAAUAUUUUAUUUAAAAAAACUGUUUUACAAUUUAAUGUGCGAAUGAUUAGUUAGUUUUAAAAGUUAAACAAAUUGUUGUAUGUGAAAAUAUGAAGUUACGUGCUACUAAGCACAUGACUUAUAGUUCCAAACCAGAAAAAAUUAAAAAACCGUGAAUUGAAAUAGUGUAGCAAAUCCACAAUAUGCCAUUGCCGAAACGGGUAAUUGAACCCGUUUACGUGACAAGGGGCACGUUACCCGAAGAUUAUCCAUUACCAUGCGAACUCGAAGCUGUAACCAACGGAACUUUAGCCAACACAGUUCGACAGUUAUCUUCUUUAUCAAGACAUGCCGAAGAUAUGUUUGGCGAAUUGGCACGGGAUGCUCAACAGCUCUACGAUAGAUCAAAUUCGUUACAAGCACGUAUAGAUAGGUUAGCUAUCAAAGUAACUCAAUUGGAUAGUACCGUAGAAGAGGUUUCUCUACAAGAUAUUCACAUGAGGAAGGCCUUCAAGAGCAGCGUUGUUUUCGACCAACAGAUAUUUUCUCGAGAAACAAUGCCAACGGCUAUGCUAGAAACUUAUACAGUGUGUGACAAACCGCCCCCGUUAGAUAAAUUGAAUUGUUAUCGAGACGAUGGGAAAGACGGUUUGAAAUUCUACACGGAUCCAAAUUAUUUCUUCGAAUUGUGGCGACAAGAAAUGUUGAACGAUACUGAAAGAGUGAUGCACGAUAGGGGGAAGAAACCUCACAGACCUAGAACGGACGGUGGACAAGGAAAUAGACACAAGAAGAGAGUUAGACAGCCUCACAAUACUAGGGAAAGGUAUAAGCAGAUAGCCAGGGAUCAAGGAGAGUAUAUUAUGCCCCAAAAUACAAUUUAUAGAACACCUUCUCAAUUGCAACAGUCUCCGCAACCAAUACCACAGGAAGAAAUGAUGGCAUCCCAACAACAAAUACAACAACGUCCACCAAGGCCAAAUUCCAUAGAAAUCCGCCGUUCUUACCAACAAGAAGUACCAGACGGUGUAAUGUCGCCGGCUUAUCCACCGUACGAAGAAAAUCCAUACCAACAUGGUCUCUACGGUCAAGGUCCUUUGAGCUCGGAAUCUUUAUAUGCCGGCGGAACACCAACUAGAGGUGGUAAGAUACGACCUAGUCAACCGCCACCAGCGCCGCCAAGUAAUAACAGUACCCCAUCUGCCAGCACACCAACUAGGGGUAGAAGUAUAUCAAGCGGAAGGGAUAAUUUACCGCCUCCACCACCUCCUCCAGAAGUCACUAUGUCACCACCGCCACCGAACGGUAUUCCAGCUCAUAUCGUUCGACAAAGUAGUCAUUCAAGAUCUAAUAGUCCGCAUUCCCAUCAAGGUACGCCGGAACCAGCGCAAGAUCUACCUCCACCUCCACCAGCUCCCGUCAAACAGGCUUCGCCGCCGAAGCAGCAAACUCCCGUAGCUCCACCUCCACCGCCUCCACCACCGAUGCCAAUGAUUUUGAACGGUUCAAUGACUACCCCGCCGAUGUUGAACGGCGAUCUCGCUAAAAUUCUCAAUUCUGCGCCACCAAAAUUGACUCCAGUUAAAGAUCGACCGAUGAAUAAACCACCAAUGGUCGAUCCGAGAAAUGAUCUUUUGAAAGCUAUAAGAGACGGUAUUAAAUUGAGGAAAGUGGAGAAAAUCGAACAGAAAGAGGUGGAAAGAGGUAACGGUUUGCACGACGUCGCCAGUAUCUUAGCAAGACGAGUAGCUGUGGAAUUCAGUGAUUCGGAAUCGGGAAGCGAUUCGGAAUGUGACAGCGAAGGAUGGGGAGAAAACGAAACGUCGGCGUGACACAGACGCAAGGCUAGUACCGCUAGCCAGGUGUACUAAGUCGCUAGUAUUUGGAUUCCGAAAGCAUCAUUUUGACAAUUUGGUUUAUCGUUAUCGAUAACAACGAACGUAUGAGUAGAGAAUGAAAUUGAUUCGAUGAGAAAACUAGAAUCAAAAAACGUUUUUAUAACAUUAAAAAAUUUGUUUUUAUUAUUUUUAUCAAAUUUUAGGUCUAAUUAGUUUCAUUGUGAUCAAAGUGAAACAUCUGGUCUUGAUAAUACCAACCAAAAUUGGGCGUUGUAGGUUCACAGAUGCCUUUAUAAGAUUAUCUAGAGAUGGUAUUAAUAAUCCUUCCUUACAGGACACUGGCUUAUAUAGGGGUUUGAUAAACAAAAUGCUUGGAAGGAUAUCUGGAUUGUUGUACAUAAUUCUAUUAAAUUUGGAAAUGAAUUGCUCGAAAUUGUUGUUUCUAACCGAAAUGUUAUACUUUGAAUUGCAUUAAGUCGUUUUUUGUAUGACUUGUAUUAUUUUUUUUUUGUUAUGUUUUUUUAUAGUUUAUUUAUUUUGUGUAUAAAGGAAAAAAGUAGUAAAGAAAGUACUGAAAAAUAGUUAUAGCCAGAGAAUUGUAUUGUUUUUUUUUUCGUGUAACACCACCAAUAUAUAAUAAUAGGAACAACAUGUCCUUAUCAAUUUUUAUUUUAACCAUAUACUAUUUCUUCGCCUCAAUUUCCUUUUAUUUUGAGUUGUAUUGUAUUUAGAGUGUAAUUUUGUCACUCUUGGGUUGAAAAAACCAUUUUCUCGAAUAAAAAAAUCUCUAAUUUACGCUAAAUUUGAUUUUCUGUUCUUGUUGUUUCUGUUAUUGUUACUAAUAAGCCUAUAAUGCUGGUUUCACACGUGAUAUACUGUCACAACCCCUUUUUGUAGGGAUACAAUGAAAUAAUGGCUUCUUAUAACUAUAUAACGUUACCAUUCACUACAAACUAUGAAUCCCUAAUAUUUUUCGAAUAGAUUUUGCUGGAUCCAAAUUAACAAAGGGCUAACAUGAUGAAAAAUUUAUGGUUGAUAAGUUUAUAAGGGCAUGACAUCCAUAUACAAUCCCUUUUGUAUGGUUCUGGGAAUAAUAACGUUGCCCUUUACCACAAACUAUGAUUCCCUCAUAUUUUUUUAAUGGAUUUUGUUUGACCCAUAAUAAAAACCUUAUGGGGGCGUAUCAUCUAUUCACAAUUCCUUCUUUUAAGGUUUUAUGAUUCCCUCAAAUUUUUUUGUUGGAUUUUGCUUGAUACAAAAUGAGAAAGGGAUAAAAUGUUGAGUUUAUAGAUGAAGAAACAAUCUCCCAUAGACCCGAAGUUACAACAGUUCCAUGGAGAAAAUUAUUUUAUCUGGAAUAGACCACUAUAUUGGUCACAAUUUAUUUUUUAUCAUGUAGAUAAUAGCUCCUUUCUCCUAAUAAGAAUUAUGUCAUGAAAUCACUUCGUCCUUCACUAUGAUUCUGAGAUUUUUUGGCUGAAUUAGUUCUGAUCUAAAAUGAAAAAGAGCUGUAGCUCACUGUUAGAAACUUUUUGUUGGUUAGAUUACAGAAAUGGUACGGAUGGAACUAUCAUAGAGGCCGUGUAAAAAAUUGUUUUGUAUGGAUUGCUUACCGUCCCGUAUCUUGGAUGUCUUCUGCUUGAUUCGAGGCUCUUCAAUUGGUAGAGAAUAGUGUAAGAGAUUGUUAUUGUUGAACUUUAUAUUGAGUAAUUUCAACAAUGAUGUGGAGUUGGUGUUGAACAUUUUAUUGGAGUAUUAACUAUAAGCAAACUGUAAUUUUGAUACAUAAUAAUAGCAAAUUCAUUUUGAACAGUCAUUUUUUUAAACUAUUCAACAAAUGGGCCAAGUCAUAGUAUCGAUAACUCACCAACUGGAUGAUACUUUUAUGAAGCAUCGAAUAUCAAUUUUUAUUAUCAAAAGUGUUACGGAGGGAAAAAAUUUAAUAAAGCAGAAAAUAAAACAAAAUGUGUAGAAAAAGUUCUACUACUGGAAUCAACACUAAUAAUAGAAGUCAUUUAGUCAUAACUUAGAAGGGUUAAAUAUUCAAGGACAGUGUUGUGAGAAAAAUUGUAGAUUGUUGUUGAAUGAACAGCUGCUCAAUAACUUUUUUAAAAAAAAGAUUUUGUAGUAAAAUAAUUAAAAUUUAUUACUGCACAUAUUUAGAACCAAUGGAGAAUAAAAAAAGUAAAAUGAGGAAUUGAAAGUGGUAAUAGAUAUGUUAGAUAAUGAAAAAGUUAAUAGACAUACUUUAUCAUCAAAUAUUAAUAUUGAAUAAACAAUUUCCAUGUGUCUAUUUUUUAUUUAUUUUAUUAUCUUCUCUUUUCCUUCUACCUUUCUUGUUAUGAGGUUUCUUCUUGUCAAACUUAAUUCCUUUCUCUAUUUACUCUAUUUUUUAACCUUGUUCCAGUCUUCUUUUGUAUUCCCGUUAAUCUGUUUCCUGUUCAUUCAAAUUUAUCUCUUUCUAUGAAUGAUUCUUUUACGUUAUUUAUUUCUAUCCCACUUAGUUUGCUUCCGCAUUCUUCUUAAUUAUCAAAUUUUCUGCUCUGUUUGUAGUACUAAUAAUUUUUAUUGAGUACCUAGUAAAUUUUUAAUUUAUUUACCGUGUUAGUGAUGUUAUUAUAGAUAAAUAUUAUAUUCCUGAUCCUUGCUAUAAAAAAUUGAAAUUAAAACGUUUUUUUUCAAUGAAAAUUCUAUUUGAAUAAUUUUUAUGUUUUUAAAUCGUAGACUGAGAACAGAAGUGACCUAAUCCUUAUUUUUAUUCAUAUUAUUCUACUACAUACUCAUUAUAUAAGGCCUCAAGCUAUCUGACUUUUUCAUACAUUAUUUAAAUUUUUGAGAGCUGUAGUGAUCUAUUGUUGGAGGUUUUUUAAAUAAACUAUUAAUAGUUUUCAUUAGGUCACUUUUAUUCUCAAUUAAAAUACAUUUUGCAAAAAAUCAAAUUUAGAAUUUAUUGAGAAACUCAGUAUAUAUAUUUCGCGUUUAAGAAAACAAUUCAACCCUCCUUCAUAUUUAAACGUGUAUAUUAAUAAUAAACCAAAUAGUUUGUAAUAAAAUAUUCCAUGAGUAAUGCCAAACUUUCAGUAUUACGCUACGUAUUUUCUCCAAACGAACCACCAGUGAGAACAUCCGGAAUUUUUAACAAAAAAACCAUCAGCUUUUCAAAUAGAUGAAGUUCUAAAUGUUCUUGCUGUUGAUGGAAUGUGUGUUUGUGGAAAGCUUUUUUAGAAUUAAAUGUAUAUAUUGUAAUGAAUGAAGAUUUUUGUAAAGUUCGUACCAGCUUUAUUUUUAUUAUAAAAAAUGUAUAGUAAUAUUCGACUUGUACUAUUUAAAUACUCUUUUAAUACUUCACCUACAGUCAAAUUCAUGUCAUAAAUAUUUGUAUAAAUAUUUAAUGGGUAAAUUAAAUUAAUUGAUAAGUUGACAAA